CCGAGAGAGAGUAAUAAAAAACACUUACCAGAGAAAAAAAAAGAAGAUAUUAAAUAACACGUACGAGUAACGAGCAGAACAACAGCUAAUUGUCACAUGCGCCAUUAAUGAUGGAGCAUACUAGUAAGCCACUGAAAUCAUGUGAACGAUAAUUUAUAUACUAAUAUGUCAAGUUUUCGAGCUAAGAGCAUCAUUAGCGGUAGUACACUUUCUCACAAGAGUUUCUGAUCUAUAUAAUAUUAAUGUAAUUUAUUUCAUAAUUAAAUUAUAAACAAAAAAGAAUAUGAACCAAUAACAGUGAAACACAUCAAAGAAAAAUUUCUUAUCUUUUUCUGAAAGUCCUUCGUACAAGAGACGUCGCUCCAACGAGAGAGAGAGAAAGUAGAUCUAUAUUCGGGUCCGGUGGCCGGCCGGCGCGUGAGCGUGCGUGCCGUCACCGGAGUCCCUCAAACCACCUUUAAAGCUUUCGAUCCUCGCUUUGCUGUCGUUUCCUCUCUCCUCCGCCUUGCCUGAGCUCUAGAAGAAGGCCGUCCAUGGCGGAUCUGGUUCUGGUGUAAAGGCGCAGUCGUGGUGAGGAAGGCGUGGUGAAGCUCUUUGUGCGGCUAUUUGGUUUUGUCUCCGGGAGGCGGAGGCUCCGUCAGCUCCGUCGACGCCGGUUCAUGUCCCCGAGAGGUGGAGGCUACGUUUAGCUCUGCCGUUGUCGGUCUAGAUUACGGGGGUGAAGGCGUUUCAUGCCUUGCCUCGCCAUCGGCUGGUUCCCUAGCUCCAUUUCUUAGGGUUUAGUCUGUUUCUUUCCUUUUAGUGUGUUGUCGUUUUUGGUUGGUUUGGAUUGGUGGUGACGACGUCGGAGGACGAUUGAAGCUCGACCAAGGUUAACGGUGAUGGUUCACGUGAAGUCUUUCUCUCGGUGAUUGCGACGAAUGGUGACGGAUAAGAUCUCGAUCAGUCGAUUGAUGCUCUCCGAAAUUGGGCUCACUUGUGUCGAAGACGUUUGGCGGUGGUGAUGGUGUGGAGUCAGUGAGCUCCGGUGGAUUCGGGUGAACCGACGGUUGGUUCCCGGUGUUGUUUCGAAGCGAGGGCAACGUCGGAACCGCAGCGUUUGUCCGCGCGGCAGCUAAGCCUCGUGGGUCCUAGGGUUUCCCGUUGUUGGGCUUUAUGCCCAGAAUUUUAUUGUUUUUGGCCCGGUUAUAUGGGCUUCUGUAUGUUUGUAAUGAGGCUUUUUUAGACCCAUUAAUCAAAUACCUAUUGACGGAAAAAAAAAAGACGUUGCUCCAACUUUCUGUUCUUUUUCUCUCUCUCCACUCUACUCUAUUUUUUCAAUAUUAUAAUCACAAGAGACUUGUUCACAUACCAUUACUGCUUACUGCGCAUGCUCUAAGUUUCUAAGCUAACUAUUAUAAAUAAUUAUCAUCAAAACUUUGAGCACUUUAACAAAAAAUAAAUUUUGCAAAACAUUAUGGUUAUAAACUUAUAAUAUGAUUUACUAGAAUCCUUGAUUGUUUUUAUAUCAUAAAAGUGUAACUUUGACAUUUUUCACAAAUGAUGAUAAAAUAAAUGAAAUUCAUUUCACUUCUUAUUAAUUAUACAUGUUCAAUCAAUAGUUGAAAUAAAAUAUUUAUGUUUACAUUAAUAAUUAGUUUAAUAAAAAAAUAUAGUAUAUAUUUUGAUGAACCAACUUAGUUCUAUAGUGAUUUCAAAAUCAUUUGGAUGAUGACACAUGUUAUAAGUAAAACUAGGUGAUUACAUGCGCAUAUACGCAAAAUGAAUGAAUAGUCUAAUAAUUGUUAAAUACUAGUUUUGGCCGUUCAACCAUAAUUAUAUCAUUUCAUAAGCCAUAUAUAUAUAUAUAUUAAUCUGAAUAUUUAUUAAAUAUAGUUUUUUGAUCAUUUGUACUUAAUUAUAACAAAAAGUUUAAGCUAUAGAUCAUUAAAUUUUCAAUGCGAGACUUUUAACAGUUUCUGUAAUUUGUAUUCGUUUUAAAAAAUUCAAAUAUAACAUAAACAAAAAAAUCUAACUUUUUAUUAUACGGUUGAUAUGAUUGUUUAAUUUAUUUUAAUAAUAUAACAUUAAAAAUAGUGGAAGAUAUGUAAAUUAUUAUCAAAUAUUUAUUUUUAAAAUCAUUAAUUGUCAAAUAUAUAUUUUAUUCACUUUUGAAAAUUUCGUAGCUCUUACUUAAGAAAAAAGAAAAAAUAACAAUCGUAGAUUGUUAAUCAAUUUUAUGAUUAGUUUAAUCUAUACUAUUAUUUGAAAAGUGAAUUUGCUUAUUAGUCACAUUCUCCACAAUUUUAUGAUAAUUUUAGGCUGAGUUAUUAAUUUUGACCAAAAUAAUUAAAUUAAAGUAUAAUUCAUUAUUUACCUGAUUACAAAUUAAUAUUACGAAAUUUAUCUAAAAAAAUAAUGGAAAACGUGUUUUGAAAAAUAAAUUCAUGUAUUUGUUUUGUGUUUAUCUAUAUCUCUCUUUCUUAUUCACUAUUGUUUUUAUAAUUAGAAGUAUAUACAUAUGAUAAUUAAAUUUAUCAUUAUACAAAAAUAUUAAAAAUUGAUUUAUAAAAAUAACAAAAAACGUAAUAUGUCAUGAAAUACUUUUUUUCUAAAUUAUUAAAUUUAUUUUAGUAUUUAAAUACUAAAAAGAUGUAUAUAAGCAAUAACAAUAAAUCUGUAAUAUUUGUUUAUUAUUCGUUAUUUUCUUAAAUAUUUUUUAUUGGGAAUGGAGUUAUCAAUAUUUUCAAAACAUCUGUCUCCAAAAGAGAAUAUUUUCAAAAUAUUAAUUUAAAAUUAGUUCUAUUUACUUUUAUGUUUUCAAGAAUUUCACAGAAUUAUGAUUUUGUUUAAAUUACAAUUUCUUGAAAAGAUUAUUAUGUAAAGAAAAAUGUGAUUCUAUUUUAUAAAAAAUGUAUUUGCAAAAUUAUCUGUUUUAGCUAUAAUUAUUAGAGUUUCAAAGUUAAAAGACCAUUUUGAAAAUAAGAAAUUAUGAUUUUAUAGUAAAGAAGUAUUAUUUGAUCUCUAUACUUAGAAGAAAAUACCAAUUUCAAUCUUAAAUGAAAAAUAGAGAUUCACUAUAGCAUAUAUUUUCCUUUAUUAUAACUUUUAGAAAUGAAUAUAAUAAUAGAUAGAAAAUGUUUUCGUCUUAUAUAUAUUAUAUUUUAAUGUUUUGUUUGUCGAUGUAGUUGGUGUGUUUAAGUGUUUAUUCAGUUAUCAUGGGAGGUAUUUCACAAUAUAAUUAUAUAAUAUCAUUCAUUUUAUUUAUUUUGAUUAAUACAAUAUGUAAAGUUUGGUUAGGUUGAAUAUUCUUUUGCUUUUGAUUUAUUUUGAUAUUUUGUAGGUUUUGAUAAUUCAAGAAUUUGGUUUGAUAACAUCACUUUAUAUUAACAGUUAUAUAUUUGUUUAUUUAAUUAGAUAAUUGAUUAUAAAUUAAUAUAAUAAUUUUUUUAAAGAUUAUAACAUAUUUUGUAAUAAUAAAUUAUUGAUAUUGUUAGCAAGAAUAAUGUUUUUAAAUCAAUAAAAGACAAAGUUUGAAAAAUUGAAAGAUUCAUCAAAAUAUUAUAAAUUUAAUUUUUAAUUUAAAAAUUUUGAUUUUUAAAUUUAAUAGUUUGUUUAUUCAAAUAUAUGUACUAAAGAAUUAUGUCCAUAUGUGCGGGCAAAACACUUAGUGAAAUAUAUAAUAUAUGUUUAGUAGACCAACAUAUUUUUCUGAUGACAUAUUUUUAUAUACAAGGGAAAUUGUAGCGCUUCUCUUUAAAUAUAUAAGAGAUUGGUUUCCAAAAUUUGCUAUAUCAAAUCAAAUUAUAAAAUUCUUUGUAAACGACUUCCCACUAGAUUUUGGUUAAGGGCAUCUCCAACCCUACUUUAUAUUUUAUUCUAAAAUUGAAAAUGGAGUGGGAAAUGGAGCAAUGAACAAAAAAAUAAAAGAGUUACUCUAUUUAUAGAGUAAUGGAGUGGGGUUGGAGAUGCUCUAAGAUUUUUGUUUUUCUCGAAAUAAGGAAAGAAAACGACUUUUCUAGUUCUGCCGCAAGAAAGUCAGUCAUUCUUCGAAACUUCUUAUAUUCAUCCACAAUAUUUAUUUUGACCAAGUUAUAACGCUUCUUCAUUCAUCAGAUCCGGUCAACUUCAUACUUUCAUAAUUUCAUAUUUUCAGUUUUUAAAUAUUAUUAGAAACGAGUUUUUUUCGAUUUUAUAAAACAAAUAGUUUUGUCCCGCAAGACUUUUAAAAUUCAAUACAAAUCCCAUAUAUUACUACUAAGGUCGUCUCUCUUGUCUGCGAAACAAAUCCCUUGAAACUCUCCUAAUCUCACAAGAACCACACAAGAUUAAAGAAACCAAAGGAUCAUCGGCCGAACCAAAAAUGGUGAGCCCAUUCAGAACUCCAUGUACUUCUCCAAGAAAAUCAAGAAAAGCGAGCAAGAACCCUUAUUCAAACCGUGGACUUGACAAGUUCUCUGAGCUUCUUUCAGAGCUCGACGAGAAGAGACAGAUCAUCUACUCAAAGAAGGUCGAUUCCGGUGGCCCGCCUCUUGUCCGAUUCGUGUUCACAAGCUCCGGUGAGUGUGUCCCAGUCGUGAUCAAAUCGUCUUAUCUUCAUAAACAGAAGAAGACCAAAGAUGUUGCCGCUUCUGCUGCUGCUAAAGUCAAAACAGUAGUCAACGAAUCGAAAACAGAGGAAACAAAGAAAACAGAACCUGAAACAGAGGAAAAACAGAGCUGUGUUUUGAAUGAGAAUCUGAAGAAGAUCACAAGACCGAACCGUUUCUUUCCCGUGACUGUGAUCUUGGUUCUUGUUUUCUUGGUUUUCUUUGGAAGAUCUGUUGCGAUCAUGUGCACUUGUAUUGCUUGGUACUUGGUACCAACGAUCAAGGAACAGAGAGGAAACCGAGGAUCUUCAUCAUAUGCGAUGAAGAAGAAAGAUUUCGCCAGGAAGUUGAGUAUUGAAGACAGAGCAUCAUUUAAUCCAAGAACUGUUCGCAAUCUUUCGCCUCGCAAGUAGAAUUUUCGUUUUCUGGUUGCUCGUGAGAAAACCGCGUGACCGAGCAAAAAUGUUUUUUUUUUCAUUUUGUGAAAGUUCUUUGGUUUGAUUUUCUUGUUAUCUCUUGUUUCUUCACUGUUUCUUUCAUAAUACUUGAUUAUGACACAGCUGAAUUAGCAGAUAAAUUGUAUAUUCUUCUUUUAUUCCCUUAGGGUUUUAAUGUCCAUAGGUGUAAAUAUGAAAUGGGAAGAUGUUCUUGUUUACAGAUUA